AUGCGACCAACAACACUCCUGCAGCUCUUGCUGCCUUUUCUCAAUCUACCCACCACAUCUCUCUCCGCAGGAAACUCCCAGCAAAGACCACCUGGCAAAAAUGCUAUCCUCCUCUCCAACGUCCACUCCCUCACACUGCGUGGUGGCAGACUUACCAGCUCCCGGCGCGUAUCGCCCAUUCCGCAACUGAAAUGCGUCGGCCCUUCCAAGCGUAUAUGCAACAUGUACGAGAUAGACUCGAUGCGAUGCAGAAACGAAGGCUACGGAUAUGACGAAGAGGACGUCCAGUGGACCUGCACCGCAUCUCUCCCCGGCGAGUUCAAGCUUGGUUCUACAGACGUCAUCUGCGAGGGCUAUCGGGAUGCCGAUGACCCCUAUGUAUUGAAGGGAAGUUGUGGUGUGGAAUACCGACUACUUCUGACCGAACUUGGGGAAAAGAAAUUUGGGCAGUCCUUUGAUGAGGAUGAAUGGCGGCGAAGCAAGAAGUCAGGGAGACAACACACUGAUUCAGAACCGAGCUUGACUGGACUCGGGAACGUUAUCUUCUGGGGAAUUUUUCUCGGUGUUUUCCUGUUCAUCGCCUGGGGGCUCAUAGGGCAGUGUCUCGGUUGGAGGAGAGAUCAGCCGCAAACCGGUCGUCGUUGGGGAUGGGGUGGUGGUGGUGGUGGCGGCGACGGUGGUGACUAUCCAGGGGGACCUCCUCCGCCGUACAGCAGCAGUCCUUACUUUAGCUCUAGUAGGUCUGGGCAGGGCUGGAGACCAGGCUUCUGGACGGGAGCUAUGACCGGUACUGGAGUUGGGUAUGGGCUUGGAAGGCGAGGCAACCGCUACGACUCGCCUUAUCCCCGAGGGCGCAGAUAUGGAUCUGAUGAAGGGAGCUCGUCGUCUCCGUCUUCUUCCCGUUUCUCGACACCAACAACGAGUACAGGGUUCGGCUCUACAAGUCGCAGGUGA